AUGGACGCGGGCGCGAGGGACGCGAAUCAAGAUAUUCGUGGGGCUCAAAUGAAUGGUCAGGAACCUCCCACUCGUGGCAGCGCAUCCUACUUACCUCAGCAGGGCUCUACGCUGGAUCGUGGUGACGGACAAUUUCAUCCAGCUUCCGUUCGUGGACCUCCCGUAUUUCUCUCUCCGAAACAUCAAGCAUUAAUAACCCCAAAGCAAAUACCCAGCAACUGGAACGCGACUCGACAGCAUGCAGGUAACCCGAACCUGGCGACUACCGAAGAUCAUGGUCAACUUCAGAGAGGAUGGAAAGGCUUUGCGCAGGGAGGCUUUCUCGCAGAUGACGCACGACUACAGAACACCGCUCCACCAUACGCGCCCCAAAUUCCACGCGAUGGACAUGAACCGGGAGGUAAUAUCCAGAAGCCACCGAUCAGGAGCGAGGCAGUCAAGGUUCUGAGCAAUGGCAGAACAAGCAUUUGGCAGGAAUACCAGCCUGGACCGGUGUAUAACCAGGGCUUCCCAUGUAACACCGCGCGCAAAGAUCCAGGUUCUCUUACGGAACGUGGAGGUGGCGACUUGUUGAAUCUUAACUGCAUGGAGCGCAAGCAGUCUACUCAAAAAGCGGUGGAUGGCCUCAUCAUCCGGACACCCGCACAGGUCAAUCCACCAAAGUCUGAGAUAGAGAUGAAUGCUGGAGACAAUGCGAUGGAAGAUCUGAGGAAUCUGAAUGAUUACUUCCGGACCUUUUCAACAACUGGAAAUCGUCGGACUGGCGGACAGCUGGAAGGAUCGAGAGACGCGGGUAUGACUGAGCUCAUGAAUUCUAAUCGUGGUGUCAGUGAAGGAGCUCCCAUUCCGGUGCCCACAGGUCAAGAUAGAAUCACUACCAAAUAG